AUGUUGCCACAAUCGCUCCAUUUAAAGGCCGAAGGUGGAGUCAAAGACAAGAGCUGGAAGGAUCAGGUGAGCAUUAAAUUUACUCCCUGGGACGCCUGCGUCAAAUGUUCAUCGUCUUGGAGGCCAGACCAGGGUGUAGAGGAAGUACAUGUCCACACGCCGGAUACUGACUUAAUAGACAGUGGAGAGAAGGCGCAGAUAGAGAGGAGACGCCCUUUCCAGUCCGUGUUGAGAGGAACAGGAGAAACACAAUGA